AGAGGUGUGAAUUCAGAGGUGGCCGCAGGUAGCAGAUAACAGGUCACUUAGUCUUAUUUACUUUAUGUUCUUUAUGUACGUGCAACAGGGAGGGAGACCAUCUAUAACACAGGCCUAAGCCAUAGUAUGAUUCCUGGCUUAGAAUUUUACUGUAGGUGUCCACCAAGAAUAAGAAAAUGCACUGGAGGACCCAUGAGGACCCAGCGUUCUUAGGGGCAUUCCAGCGGGGUAAUGCUGGAACACAGGACUGCUGUUGUGCCGCUGAGUGACAGCAGUAAAACAAGGAUCUGAGCGACAGUAAACCCACCCAGGGAGGUUCAGAGGCUGGUUCCCUGAUUCCCAUGGUCGCAAUCAUCAGUGAAUCAUAUAUACUGCAUGAAACAUAAGACAACAAUGGCACUGGAGGACCUGCCCAACUCUACAGUGUUUACUCUGUCUGGGAUCAACGCCAGCAGGGAGAGCAGAUGCGUUUUCUUCUGCAUAACGUUUCUUUACUACCUUGUCAUCAUCGCUGUAAACCUGAUAAUAAUUGUCACAGUCGCCCUGAGGAAGCCGCUCCACGAGCCCAUGUACGUGUUCCUGUGCAACCUCUGUCUCAACGGACUGUAUGGAACCUCAGGGUUCUACCCCAAGUUCCUGUAUGAUCUGCUCUCUGACGUCCAAGAAAUCUCGCGGUCAGGAUGUUUCAUUCAGGUGUUUGUGAUUUACUCUGCUGUCCUGUGUGACUUUUCCACGUUAACAGUGAUGUCUUAUGACAGGUCUGUGGCCAUAUGCAGGCCGUUGGAGUAUCACACAGUCAUGACGGGGGGGACCGUCUUUAAACUGACUGUGCUCUCAUGGAUCGCCCCCAUUUUUUUCAUGUUCCUUUUGGUCAUUGUGAGCUCUAGACUAACUCUGUGUGGAUCACAAAUUGAGAAACUCUACUGUGAGAACUGGGCUAUUGUUAAAAUCUCUUGUUUCCCCAAUACAGUUAGUAAUGUUAUUGGGUAUUUAGUAAUACUCGUGUAUUUGGGACAAGUUUUAUUCAUUCUUUUGUCUUACAUGAAACUGAUAAAAACCAGCUUGAAGUCAGCCGAGAACCGCAGUAAAUUCGUCCAGACGUGUACUCCACAUUUACUGUCAUUAAUCAACGUGACAGUGGCCUUGCUGUUCGAUACAAUGUACAGUCGAUACGGUUCCCAGGACUUUCCACAGGGCUUACGCCACUUCCUGGCGUUAGAGUUCCUAAUUGUGCCUCCUCUCCUCAAUCCCCUCAUUUACGGCCUGAAAUUGAGUAAGGUCCGAAAUGAGGUCUUAAGAUACAUGAAGAAUAACGUAGUAAAAUGUUAAUAUUUACAAAAAUUCCAAAUCAAAAACUAAAGAUUAACUUAUUCAGUAAUAAGGAUUCAUUAUCGGAAGUUUCUGCACGAGUCAUUAUGACCACAUUACAGACCACAUCCAUUUUCCCGGGACAUUUAUCCA